CGUUGGCCUUCCCCGCAUCUUCACCCCUGCCUUCCCCGCUCGACUUCUUCUCCUUGUACCAUCACGUCCGCGAUCCGCCUCGGCCCUUAGCAUGCCUCGUCUGAUACCCAGAUCAUACACACCUCGUCUCCACCCUUCCUCUUCCUCUCGCUCCUUCACCUCUAGCACACGCAGCAUGUUCGCCCUCACCCCAUACCGCGGAGCUCCCGGUACCACACAACCGAAGACGUUCUCGCGGCAACGGGAGCUGCCUCGCCUUCCAGUUCCACCCCUCGAUGGCACCCUUCAGCGGUACCUCAAGACCCUCGAGCCUAUUCUUCUGCAGAAAGAGGAAAUGGGAGAGCUCAAGGGUAGCAGUGCCGAGGCAGAGCUGGAGAAGCGCAAGCAGUGGGCAGAGGAGCUCAAGGCACAGGGCAAGCUGGGGCAGCAGCUGCAACAUCGUCUGGUAGACGUGGAUCGCACAACACCCAACAAUUGGCUCGACGAUCGGUAUUGGCUUGUCAAGGCUUACCAUGAGUGGCGUGUCCCGCUGCUCGUCAACUCUAAUUGGUGGCUCAUGUUCCGUGCCGACCCUGGUACACCCCUGGCUAAGCUGGAAGACACUUCCGCAGAAGCCGAUCCGGCGCUGAUGGAGGACUUUGAUGUCGCUGGACUCGAAGGCGUUGGACUUGGUAGCAAGCAGCAGUGGGAUCAGGCCGAAUGGGGAGUCAGGAGAGCAACAUGGCUAAUUCAUAGAUUCCUGAGCUUCAAGCAGAGGCUAGAUGGCGAGGACAUCAUGCCAGACGCGUCGCGGGCGGGUGCGUUCUGCAUGCAUCAGUACACACGAUUGUUCGGCAUCUCGAGAAUUCCAGCGCUACCACAUGACUGGAACACAGAGCCUGCUCAUCCCGUCAAGGCAAGACAUAUCACUGUGGCAGUCCGAGACAACUUCUACGCUCUGGAAGUGCUCAACAAGGACAAUAGUUUGAAGAACUUGGCAGACAUUGAGAAGUCGCUGUGGGACAUUGUCAACGACGCAAAGCAAGCCGACGGCGAGGGAGUAGGUGUCUUGACCAGCGAUGAUCGCGAUACUUGGGCGAAAGCUCGCGAGCAUCUCCUCAUCAGCUCUGAGACCAACGUCGCCUCACUGCGCUCUAUCGAGGACUCCCUAUUCAUCAUCAGUCUGGACUCAUCCAACCUCGGUCUACCAAAGGGCCACCCUGCCCCUCCGCACCGAGCUUCUCCCGCUUCCGUCGAUGCCCAUGCUCGCAACACCUCUGGUGCAGGUCGUUCCGGCCACAACAGGUGGUUUGACAAGGCUCUGAGUGUGACAGUGGAGCCCAAUGGUCGAGCAGGUAUGAUGGGCGAGCACUCCCCGUGCGAUGCUCUCAUCCCUUCGAUCGUGGCCGACUAUGCCGCUGCCGAGCCGUGCCCAGCGCCGGGCACUCCUCUGCCUUCUCCAUCCAGCCAGAGCGAAGAGGCGGGCAGCGUGCCUACCUGGAAGAAGCUGUCUUGGGUCGUCGACGAGCAGACACAAGCCAGCAUCACCUCGGCAGAGGCUAAGGCCAAGGAGAUCGCUGCCAACUCCGACAUUCGCACCCUGUGGUUUGACGAAUUUGGUGCAGAGUGGAUGAAGAAGGUGGGCAAGCAAUCUCCCGACGCCUUCAUCCAGAUGGCGCUGCAGCUCGCUUAUGCCACCAUCGCUGGUCGACAGACGGCUACGUACGAGACUGCGUCUACGCGCAUCUACAAGCACGGCCGCACAGACGUCAUCCGCUCCUUCUCUACGGAAGCCUAUGAGUUUGUCAAGGCAGUGCGAACGGGCAAGCCUACAUCGGAAAUCUACCCGCUUCUGUCCAAGGCGGCUACAGCUCACAAUGCACAGACGCGAGCUAGCUCGAUGGGCUCAGGAGUGGACCGUCAUCUCACUGGCCUGAGGCUGGUGUACAACGCAGAGCUGGACGGAGAGGUGCCUCAGCUGCUGCAGGAUCCCCUCUUCGCCGAGAGCCAGACAUGGAAACUCAGCACGAGUGGACUAAGCGCAGGUGACCGCUUUGCCGGCACGGGCUUCGGUGCUGGGUACGAGGACGGCUACGGAAUUAACUACCUGGCUGGUGCCUCGCUGCUCAAGUUUGGAAUCGAGUCAAAGCACUCGGGCAAGGCUACGAGCACGACGGAGUUUGCAAAGCAGAUUGUAGAGGCAUUGAGGUUUAUGAGGAAGGUGUGCGAAGAAGAGGCACCCAAGGACGAGGGAGCGACCAAGGGGAAGCUGUAAAAAGAGAGUUACACGUGUGCUGUAAUUGACACAUUAGAACACCUUUUCGCUGCAUUG